AUGAUGCUUAUAGUUCUUUGGGCUGUUUUGGUUGUUGCGAACGGAGCACCUGUCAUCGAGGAGCAGAAUCUUAUAGAAGCUAUGAAAGAAUUCAGAAAUGAAAAUGUUUAUUGGGCUCUAUUGAUUCCUGUAUCGGAAAAGCAGAAUCACAAGGGCGAAGAAGACUUCGAAAAUGCGGAUGUGGGAGAAUUCGGCAACUACUUCGAGGGAGACAUGAUACUGACAGAAGAACAACAAGAGACUUUGGCGAGGGGUGAUAACGACCGCAAUGGACUCGUCAACGUCACCAAACGUUGGCCGGAACGCACACUCGUCUACUAUAUUGAGACUGAUGACCUUGACGAUGAGCAAGUAAAGAUGAUUCAUUUGGCAAUGGAAGACAUCGCUAACAAAUCGUGUGUAAGAUUCCGGCCGAGAGUUGACAACGAACACGCGGUUAUUAUUCAGGGUUCGCAGAACGGAUGCUUCUCCAGCGUAGGGUUCACGUCUUCUGACGAUGAUGAUGCUGACUCCAACGCCAGUCAAAUCCUCAACCUUGCUAACGGAUGCUUCAGACACGGUACUAUCGUUCACGAACUGCUACACGCCCUCGGAUUCUACCACAUGCAGAGUACCUUCAAUAGGGAUGAAUACGUCAAAGUUUUAUGGAAAAACAUUAGACCAGGCUACGAACAUAACUUUGCAAAAUAUACAUCAGAGGCUGUGACGAAUUUCGGAGUACCGUAUGACUUUUCUAGUGUGUUGCACUAUCCUGCCACUGCCUUCUCUUCAAAUGGAAAACCAACAAUUAUUCCCUUGCAGGAUGACGUGAAGAUAGGACAAAGGGAUGGCAUGUCUGAGAGUGACGUAUUGAAGCUAAACAAAAUGUAUUGCGAGGUUCGCGCUGAUUAUGAGAAUUAA